AUGCGCUCGGAGCCGAGGAGGACGGACAAGGAUGAGGUGCCUGGCCGCACCCAGGCGCAGGAGGGCAAAACGGCCGGGGCCCACCAAACCCAGAUCGGGCCCGAAGGGCCCAGACCCGAGCCAGCAAGCCCGCGCCGCCAUGGCGCCAUCUCCGGCCGCCCAGCACCACCUGCCGCCGUCAGCGCCGUCGCCGUCGUCCCAGCGUCGCCGCCGCCAUCCCCAGCUGCCGUCGCCGUCGCGGGCCACCCGAGGAUACUGCCGGCCGCGCCGCCGCCGCCGGACUUGGUGGCUGCCCGAGAGCAGCCGCCGCCUCCAGCCGCGGGGUCGCCGCCCCGCCACGAAGCCUCCACGCCGCUGCCGAGGCAGCCGCGCCGCCGCGCCCCUCGUCAGCGCGCCGCCCUCACCGGCCUCGUCGGCCCGCGCCAGGUCUUCCACGUGAGGGGGAGAGGAGUCCUCGCCGCCGCCAGCGCCCGGGCUUUGCCCAGCGACGCCCUCCGGCGGCGGCGAGGGGAGGGAGGAGCCGGGGGGAGAGGUCUGGGUCGGUGGCGGCUAGGGUUCCCACCCGUCGCCCACGGGAGCGACGAGGGGGAACGAGGGGGUUUUCCUGACCAAUAA